AUGCCCGGACAAGGACCCACGGUCUUAGGGCUUGUUCAACAGGCGCAGUUCGUGCAGUUCGUGCUUGACCCGUGGACCGCUCGAAUAUGUGCUGUGAGCGAGGGCGCAUGCGAUGCGUUAGGUUAUGCUCCCGAGGAGCUAGAAGCGCUGACGCUGUGCGGUUUAAUUGACGGCUUGCCGUUACCGGAAUGGCUGCAGCUGGUUGCCCCCCUCGCGACCGGGGAGCAGCGCGGCGCGAAGCUCGACGCGCUUCUGAGACUAGGAAGAGGAGCAGACGGGACGGGCGGAAGCGCAGGGGAAACGGUUGGGGAAAACGCGGUGGGAAACGAAAAUGAGGGUUUCGUUGGGGGGGACCGCAUUGGCCGGUCCAGUAGCCGAAGCAGCGGGGGAGGUUCGGAAGCAGCGGGGUUAUCGCUGGCUCGGCGGAAGACUUGUGGAACGGGAGCUGGCGGUGCAGGGCGAGGCGGAAGCGCAGGCGGGGGAGUAAGGGGGGGGGUUUCCGCUGGUGCGGAGGUUUCUGCGCUGCACGCGGGGCUGCGCACGAGCACGUCGGAGGAGGUGCGGUCGUUCUCGUCCACGUCGGACAGCUUCUCGCGGGACGGGUUCGCGCAGAAUCAAAUAUUUUCGGAUGACGACGACGACGAUGACGAUGACGAUUAUGGCGGGGACGGGAUGCUCGGCGCGCAAUGGGCGGAAGACGGAGCGGCGAGGCGGAGGAGCAGGCGGAAGCACAGGGAAGGGCGGAAGCGGCUCCAGCAGCAGCAGCGGGAACAGCAGCAGCAGCAGCAGGGGAGGGAGCAGAGACAGGAGCAGGGGAAGCAGUUGGGAAAGGAGCAGUUUGCGAGGGAGCAGCAGGUGGUAACCGCUCUCGGCGAGUCUCGCGAAACGAACAGUGGCGCGUCUGCUGCUGGCGGGAAGCCCGUUCUGUUUUCCAUCCUGCUCCAAUACUUCGAGACCAACGGGGAGCGCGAGCUUGUAGCAACGGCGCACCCGCUCCCGCAGCAGCGGGGGCAGCAAGGGGAACGGAACCCACAGACGGGCUCCGGCGGCCCGGGCGCCUUGAGGUGCCUCUUAGUAGGCUCCUUGAACCACGGAAGCGGCUCGGAGCAGCAUGACGGGAGCGUCCGCGGCGGGCAGGGCGCAGCGGGGGAGGCUGGCGGGAUUGGCGGGAAUGGCGGAAGUUGGGAUGUUGGCGCGGGCGGAAGCGGGGGUGAUUAUAGGACGGCGGAUAGUGGGGGAGAGUACAAGGGGGAGGGCAAUAGAGCAGGCUCGGCGCUUCGGCGGGAAGCUAGUCUAGGGACAGGGAUUCGACGAGAGAGCAGCAUAGGGGCGGGGCUUCGGCGGGAGAGUAGCGUAGGCUCGGGGCGCUUACCGCCUUUGCAUUCCCAGUCAAACGAUGGCGAAGCGAGCGUUCCUCCGCAUGCGUUUGUGCAUGCGCACGCUCUCGAGAACAUAGGCAAGGGCCCGAGCGUGAGUGCGAAGGCGAAUGUGAGUGCAGCAGUGCAGAUUAAUCCGCAGCAGGUGGGAAAUAGGCCGCGAUUAAAGGAGUUUAAGGAUAACGAGCUGACGUGGGAAGAGAAGGUGACGUGGCAGAUGGGGGAAGGCGCGAGCGGGGAAAGCAGGGGGAUAGGGGGGGCGGAAGGGGAGCGGAUGGGGGGAGCGGAACGGUUUGGGGGAAGCGGAACCACGGUUGGAGGGGGAAGAAUGGGGGGAGCGGGGGCGGGGGGGAAGACAGUGCGGGGAAUGGUGGCUAUGUCCCCCGAGAGGAGGUGGUGUGGGACGAGCGGAGGGGGAAAGGGGAAGACAGGGGGGUCGUGGGGCGGAGAGAGAGGGUUUGUGGCGGAAGAAGGGGAAUUCGAGGCGGAGGGGGAGGCUAGGGGGGAUGGAAGGGGAGAGGUGAGGGGAGAGGGAAGGACGGAGGGGAGGGGGGCGGGGAGGAGACAGGAAAGAGACCAGCUAGACGUUGUUGUUGGUGGUGGUGCUGGUCGUGAUAGGGGCGGCGGCGGCGGCGGCGGUGGUGGUGGUGGUGGUAGUGAUGAUGAUGAUGAGACUUGUAUAGGGCCUACGAGGGCACAGACGUUGGGAAGGCUGUCUGAGAGGAAUGGGAGAAGAAUGAGAUUCAAAUCAGAGGGCGGCGGUUUCACCCACUCAUGGCUGGAUGACGUGGCGGACUCCCAUUGGCUCCCGGACCUGCACGUCCGGGCCCUCCUGGACGAGGCAGGGAUAGGCCUGGCGGGGCUCCGCCUGGGCAGUGGCGAGCUGGUUCACUGCAGCGCUGCUCUAGCCGCCAUCCUGGGGCGAUCAGUCAAUGCACUAGAGGGCUCUCCUCUGCAGAACUUCCUCAGCGCCCCUGCCAUUCGCAGCUUCCAGAACUGGUUCGGAAGCAUCUCAGCAGCGACUCUUUCAGCACACGCGCAGCACCUAUCACCUCACGCCACGUGGCACAGACAGUCCCACCAUGACCUGCCCGUCAUCCUGCCAGAAGGCAGCAUGCGGCGCAUUCGCCUCACAUGCCACGUGGCACCAGCAGCAGAUGGUGCGGGUGGGGCGUGGGGCGACGAUCCCCCCUGCAUGUUCAUGGCUCUGUUCUCCGACCUCUCUGCUGCUCUGCACGGCUCCAAGCACCAGAUGGGGCGGGUUGGGCGUGGGGCGAUGAUCCCCCCUGCAUGUUCACGGCACUCUUCAGCGACCUCUCUGCUGCUCUGCACGGCUCCAAGCCACCUCUCUGCUGCUCUGCACGGCUCCAAGGAGGUGGGGGCCAAGCGGUGUGUGUUCAUUCUCCAGCACCUGCCAGCAGGAGUGGCGCACAUGCUUCCCUGUCUCUUUCCUCGGGAGGUGCGGGCCAAGCGGUGUGCUUUCAUUCUCCAGCACCUGCCAGCAGGAGUGGCGCACAUGCUUCCAGAGGAGCGAACCAGAGGGGGAAGCGGAGGGGGAGGGAGUGGCGGGGGGAGCGGCAACAGCGCCGGCAGUGGUAGGGGCAGCAGAGGGGAGAGGAGCGGCGGUGGCAGCAGCAACGGGGAUGAGGUGGUGAUUAAUCCUCAUAUGGAGGCUAUUACGGGGUAUUCACGGGAGGAGCUGAGCUCGGUUGACUCGUGGUUCUCGUGCCUCUUCAGGGAAAGGGCGGAAGAGGUGCGCCAAAUCCUGGAAGCGGACCGGGCGAUGGGGUUCCGAGAGUCGAGAACGUUAAGAAUGGUGCGGAGGGAUGGCGAGACGCGGUGGUUAGAGGUGGCCGUCAGGGACUGCGGGGCGGGCGGGGGCGACCUGUGGGUGGUCAGCGACAUCACGGACCAUCUGAUCGUGCGGGAGAAGUUUCGGCUGCUUUAUGAGGCCUCCUCGGACGGCUAUCUCGUAUUUGACGACACGGGCAUCACGGAGUGCAACGAUGCCGCCAUCCACUGCCUGCGCUGCAGCGACAAGAGCGAGCUCAUCGGGCGGCAUCCCGCGUACUUUUCCCCCGAGCGCCAGCCAGACGGGCAGCGGUCGGACGAGAAGGCGGUUGAGAUGGUGGCCCGGGCGACUGAGACAGGCAUGCACAAGUUUGAGUGGAUGCACAUGCGCAAGGACGGGUCGCUCUUCCCCGUGGAGGUCACUCUCUCCUUCCUGCAGCUCGAGCACAACCGCCCCAUGCACAUGGUCGUCUGGCACGACUUAUCAGAGAUCAAGCGCCAGGCACGGGAGCUGCAGGCAGCGAAAGAGGCGGCGGAGCGGGCGAAUCAGGCCAAGAGCCAGUUUCUGGCGAAUAUGAGCCACGAGAUCCGCACCCCCAUGAACGGUGUAAUUGGCGUGGCAGAGCUUCUCCUGGGAACGGAUUUGACCGCAGAGCAGCGCUCCUACCUCGAGAUCAUCCGAUCAUCAGGCGACAAUCUCCUGCGAAUCAUAUCCGACGUGCUGGACCUCUCCAAGAUCGAGAGCAAGAACCUGGCGCUGGAGAGCAUCGAGUUCAACAUGCACCAGCAGGUGACGGAGGCUCUGGCACUGCUGGAAGUGGUGGCCCGAGACAAGGGGCUGUUCCUGGAGCUGGAUAUCCAUGAGGAGGUGCCAGCGGUGGUGAUGGGCGACCCUGUGAGGCUGCGGCAAGUCCUGCUGAAUCUGAUCUCCAAUUCCAUCAAGUUUACCGAAACUGGCGGCAUCACAGUGAUUCUGCGCCUGGCCACGCAGGUAGAGCUGGGGGAGGUGGAGGAGGCGAGGAGGGAGAGCAGCAAGUGCAUGAGUGUGCAACGGGGGGAAGGCAAGGAGAAGGGGGAGAUCAGUGCUGCUGGCAACUUGUUGACCUCUGCUGAGGAAGGAGCAGGAGCAGGAGGAGGUGAGGGAGGGGGAGGAGGAGGAAAGACCGGAAGCGGCGGCGGUGGUGGUUCAGGAGGAACGGGAGGGAAGGGUGAGAAGGGAGUGGUGAGAAGAAAAGGAGAAGCAGGAGAGUCAGAGGCAGCAGGGAAGCCAGAGGAGACGGUGGUGGUGCGGUUUGAGGUGCGGGACACGGGAGUGGGCAUGGACGAAGCAGCAAAAGGGAGGCUGUUCAAGGCGUUCUCCCAGGCUGAUAACUCCACGAGCCGCCGCUACGGUGGCACCGGGCUGGGGCUGGCGAUUUGCAAGAGCCUGUGCUUCCUCAUGGGGGGGGAUAUCGGCAUGCACAGCCAGGUGGGAGAGGGGUCGACCUUUUUCUUCUACGUGAGAAUGCAGCGAGUGAACCCCAAGGAGGACCCCAAGCCGGCAGGGGAGAGCGCCACGAGCAGCGACGCGGAGCCGCUGUGGGUGCAGCUGCAGCACAUGCGCGUGCUGGUGGCCGAGGACAACAAAGUGAACCAGAUGGUGGCGACGCGCAUGCUGCACAACCUGGGGCUCAAAUACGACGUGGUGGAGAAUGGGAGACUUGCUGUGCAGGCAUGUGCAGACAGACACUACGACGUGGUGCUCAUGGACUGCCACAUGCCUGAGAUGGACGGUUAUGAAGCCACCCGCAACAUACGAGCUAUGGAAGAGGAGAGACUUGCUGCCCUUGCUGCUGCUGCUUCUGCUGCUGGUGCUGGUGCUGCUGCCAUUGCUGCUGCUGCGGCUAAUUCCUUUCUAUCAAUGCCCCUCUCCCCCCUCUCCCAGGACUGCCACAUGCCUGAGAUGGACGGGUAUGAAGCCACCCGCAACAUACGAGCUAUGGAAGAGGAGAGACUCGCUGCCUAUGCUGCUGCCGGUGGUGGCAGGGGCAGCAGCGGUGGUGGUGGGUAUGGGAGGAGUGGCAGCAGGGGGGGUUACGGUAGCAGCACAGACGGUGAUAUGAGCGAAGCAAGUUCUCCCAGUCAUCCCCACAGCAGCAGCAGCUCUCGCACCCGCCGCUCCCACCGGCCGCGCCGGACGUUCAUUGUGGCGCUUACCGCAUCGGCUCUUAGCGAGGAUAAAGACUCGUGCAUGGCUGCUGGGAUGGACCAUUACUUAGCUAAGCCCAUCCGGCCGCGGGACCUAGAGAGAGUGAUAAGAGAGGGGAUGGUGAAGAGGAGGAGAGAGUCGAUUAGUGAGGAGGUGGGGGCAGCUUUUUCUGAGAAGGGGUGUGAGGGGAGUGAGGGGUCAUUGUCCCCUCAGAUGGCUUAUAAAGGGGAUGAGGGCCCGGUGUCUCCUCUUUAUAAGGGUUCUGAGAGGGGUGGAAGGGCGGUAUCCCCUUAUAGGGGUCCGUCCUUUGGUGCUUGGGGUGGGCGAGACGUGCGAGAGUGGGAAGAGGGGCAAGGCGGCCAAGGAUCUGCACUUGAUGCAUUCAGAGGAGGAAACGAGGAGGAGGAAGAGGAGGAGGAGGAAGAGGAGGAGGAGGAGGAGGAGGAGGAGGAGGAGGAGGAGGAGGAGGAGGAGGAGGAGGAGGAGGAGGAGGAGGAGGAGGAGGAGGAGGAGGAGGAGGAAGAGGAGGAGGAGGAGGAGGAAGCAAUGGUAGAGCAGGCUUCCCCGUUCCCCUCUUCCAAACCGGCUGGAGGGCAAACCUCUCGGCCGGGUUCGGAAAGAAGAGGUCCGGGAACAGGGGAGCCGCUGCAGUCUCCCAGGCCCGGCCGGUCCACACUUGAAGGACAGGGUUGGGGAAGGCCGAGCCCACGGGGUGGGUAUGGCGGGGUGCAGAGCGGUGACGAUGGGUCGAGUGUGGGGUCACCUUCUAGUGUUCGGUCGUGGGGGAGGGGUGGAGGAGAAGGAGGGUGGGGGGAGGGGGGCGGUAUUGGUGAUAGAGGGAGGGAGAAUGGUAGGGAAGGGGGAAGGGAGAGGGAGAGAGUGAGGGAGAGAGAUAUAGAAAGGGAGAGGGUGAGAGAUAGGGAAAGGGAACUGGAGCGGGAGCGUGAGAGAGAGUUGGGAGAAGAGUCUGAUACAGGGAGUGUGGUGGUGAAGGGGGAUGGGUGGAGUGCUGCGGAGAGACUGAGUGAUGUUGAGGAGAGGUAUGGAGAGUGGGAUGAGGGAAGGGAGUUGGGGAGGCGGAAUGAAGGCAAGCGAGGGGAAGAAAGAGAGAGGGGGCGAGAGAGGGAGGAAGAGGAGGAAGAGGAGGAGAUGGUAGGUGCUCCUGAACCAAGGCGGAGAAGAACAGCAGGGGCGAGUGAGAAUAGGCAAGUGGGAGAAGAGAGAGAUGCAUGGAGGGAGCGUGAAACAGGGGGAGUGGGAGAAAGGGGAUGGGAUGGUGGUGGGAGGCACGGGAGGAGAGGGAGCGGUGGAGAGGGUUACGGGGAGGUGGGGUGCGGUGAGGUGGAGGAGACGAGAAGAAGCAGCACGAUGGGUCGAGUAGAUGCGAUGAGAAUGAGAGGCGAGAACGGGAAGGGCAGGGUGGGGAAAAGUGUGUGGGAGGGGAAGGAAGGGUGGGAGGAGGAGAGGGAGGAGAUGGAUGGGAGGAGGGGUAGACGGAGCAGUUUGGAUGGAGGGGAGGGUGGCAGGAUGAAUAAUAGCAAGAUGGAGAGUAAUAGCGGGAAAGCUUUUGAUAGUGGAGCGAACAGAAGACCUGUUACAUCUGGGCAGAAACACGAUCAUGAGUAUGCGCAUGCGGGAGGGGGAGGAGGAGGAGGGGGAGCGGGAGCGGGAGGGGGGAGUGAGAGAGGAGGGCCAGAGACAGAAGAUGAGAGGAUGCUUCGGGAGUUUGCGCUAGCGGCGCUGACGUCCAAAGGGAGGGGUAUGGCCGUGGGUAGGAAUUUGGGUCCGAGUGCUGUUGCCCCCACUCGCCCCCUUCUUGGUGCUCCUGCUUCAAGUGCUGCUGCUGCCGCCGGUUCUGCUGGUGCCGGUGCUGGUGGUGCCAGUGCUGGUGCUGGAAAUGCUGGUGGUGCUCGUAUCACAGCACUUUCGAUAGAGGAGGUGUGGGAGAGAAUUAAGUCUCCUACGGCGGCAACAGCUGCAGCCGCAGCCGCAGCCGCAGAAGCAGGAGCAGCAGCAGGAGGAGGAGGAGGAGGAGGAGGGGGAGGGGUAGGGGGAGGGGGAGGGGUAGGGGGAGGAGGAGGAGGUGGGGUAGGGGGAGGGGGAGGGGGAGGGGGAGGGGGGGGAGGAGGAGGAGGAGGAGGAGGAGGAGGAGGAGGAGGAGGAGGAGGAGGAGGAGGAGGAGGAGGAGGAGGAGGAGGAGGAGGAGGAGGAGGAGGAGGAGGAGGAGGAGGAGGAGGGGGAGGGAGAGGGAGAGGGAUGGGAGGAGGAGGAGGAAGGGGGAGGGGAGCUGAGGGGGGAGAGGGCAGGGACAAUAGAGAGGGCAGGGACAAUAGAGAGGGCAGGGACAAUAGAGAGGGCAGGGACAAUAGAGAGGGCAGGGACAAUAGAGAGGGCAGGGACAAUAGAGAGGGCAGGGACAAUAGAGAGGGCAGGGACAAUAGAGAGGGCAGGGACAAUAGAGAGGGCAGGGACAAUAGAGAGGGCAGGGACAAUAGAGAGGGCAGGGACAAUAGAGAGGGCAGGGACAAUAGAGAGGGCAGGGACAAUAGAGAGGGCAGGGACAAUAGAGAGGGCAGGGACAAUAGAGAGGGCAGGGACAAUAGAGAGGGUAGAGAGGGAAUGGCGAGAGGUGGUGAGGGGAGCGAGAGGAGCAACAGAGGUGGAAGUGGAGGAGGAAGCCGGGUAGCUGAGGGGAGGAGGCAAUUAGAGAGUGGUGCAGAGCGGUGGAAAGGGGAGAAGGGAGGGCGGGGCGAGGAGGGAAGAGAGGGGAGGGAGGGGCAAGAUGGAAGAGAGAGGAGAGGAGGGGAGGGAUCUCGAGCAGGAGGGGAGGGCUCUCGGCCGUUAGUGCCUGGUGCAGGAGAGGAGGGAAGAGAGAGAAGAGGAGGAGGGGAGAUACCUCUGGGUGGGGGGGAGGGAUCUCGGCCGUUAGUGCGCAGUACGAGCAUGGAGCCUCCGUUGCUGCAGCAGCAGCAGAGGCGCACGGGGUCAGAGCAGAGAGCGGCACAGGACCUGAGGAUGUGGAUCGAGCGCGCACACAACGCCCAAGUGGAUAAAUGGAUCUCCCAGGUUGAGGCAAACAGCACGCCGCCCAGACAUGCAGCGCACAAGAAGACAAGGAGCGAGGUGCCGGCGUUUCUGCCGCCCCUCUCCUCCAGCCCAGGCGGCGCGGGUUCUCUGCGCCGCUUGCAGAGCUCUCCCCCCAUAUCCCCAG